AGUAACAAAAAAAUAACUGUUCUGUGUGAAUUUUUCACAUUUAAAUAUUAUUUAUAUGAUUAUAUACACCUGUAUGUUUAACAUAUGAAGUUUGUCAUCCUUAAUCAUAGAAAAAACAUUGUAGCUUGUCUUACUCCAAAGUUGUACAUGGAAUCUUCCAAACAAUAUGUCUGCCCCCAUGGAAAAGGUGUGUGUUCCAGGUCAAAGAAUAUGCAGACAUGAUGAGAAAGUGGUUUCUGGUAAUGGUACAUACACCAGAAGUGGAUUUGUGUACGCUAGUCUGGCUGGAUAUCUAACUACAAAAUCGGACAAGGAUCAGGUUAUUAUAGAAGUGAAGACAGACACUGAGCUGAACAUCGUACCAACAGUAGACGCAGUAGUGACAACAAGGGUGACAAAUGUAAAUCCACGAUUUUGUAAAUGCUCAAUCCUAAGUGUAGGAGGCAUCACACUAAAGGAACCCUUCAGGGGCCUCAUCAGAAAAGAAGAUGUGAGGGCUACAGAAAAAGACAAGGUUGAAAUGUACAAGUGUUUCCGGCCAGGUGAUAUAGUUGUGGCACGAGUGAUGUCUUUAGGAGAUGCCCAUUCCUAUGUGUUAUCUACAGCAGAAAAUGAACUUGGUGUUGUCAUGGCAACAAGUGAGGCUGGUUCCAACAUGACCCCAAUAAGCUGGUGCAAGAUGAAGUGUCCUAAAACAAUGGCAGAAGAAUAUCGCAAAGUGGCAAAAGUGCAAGCAAAUUAUAUAAAUUAUUCUGAUACAUAGAAUAAAAAAAUAUUGUUUUUUU